AUGCAAGACGCUGGGAAAAACCAACCACAUUUCCGCAAAGCGAAAGAAUAUGGCGCACCAACUACUUGGGAAUUUGGAGAAGAGAUACUCUUGCACACCCCUCCUCUGAUGCUGGCCCAGAGACUGGCUAAUGCCCACAGGGACGGAGACUCAAGUUUUUUUGCACAGCUUCUGGCGGCUAGAGACGGUGGAGGGGGAGAGGCAACCUCUGAAAAACUCAACCAGCUUGAAGGGUCAGUAGACAGCCUACGGACUUAUGUUGAAACAUUGGACGGUCAAAUAAUUAAUAUAAAAGAAGAUUGUUUAAAUGUGAAGGAAGAAGUGCAAGGUGUUAGGGACGAAGUAGAGGGUAUAUCUCAGAACAUGAAAAGAGAAGCACAGGAACGUGACAUUUUGAGUCUAAAACAAGGUAUCCAGGAAUUGAGAAAGGAUGUGGUUGAAAUAAAGGGUUUACUGGAUGAGUGGAAGGCAUGUGGAGAUGAAAGCUUCUUCAAUGAGACAUCUUCUCAGCAAGAAAUGUUGGCCAGUGGUGGUGUUACUUGGCUUGCCUCUGGAGGUGGUCCAGUACCUGAUCUACUGACCAGCAAGACAAUAACUGCGUUGCCAGAUGAAGCGAGCUGGGAUGUCUCUUCUCAACAAGAAUUGCCUCCCUGCAUUCCCAGGUCAGCUGAAAGACAAUUAGAUCCCAGAGAGGAUAAAUAUAUGCCCGAGACAACAGAUCAACAGCUUCGUCCAGAAGGGUCCUAUGACAGAGAGGUCUAA